AUGUCUGUGCUAACUCACUACCACAGGAAGUCAUUCUGUUACCGUCGGUUACAGUACCUGAGUUCUAAGUUCCAGAUGCACAUCCUGCUGAAUGAGAUGAAGGAGCUGGCAGCUCAGAAGAAAGUCCCUCAUAGAGACUUCUACAACAUACGCAAGGUAAGUCCCUCCUAACCCUAACCCUGAACCUAACACUAACCCUGUCACACCGAGAAGUCUGCAACAUACGCAAGGUAAGUCCCUCAAAGAGACUUCUCCAACGUACACAAGGUAAUUCCCUCUUAACCCUAACCCUGAAACACUGACAUGUGGUUUAACCUCGUCCCCAGGCUCAAUUGCUAUCACCGGCUGGGAACAAGAUUAAUUUAGCAUUAUUGCAGAGGUUAGGUUAGUCUCUGAGUUUAGGUUAGUCUCUGAGGUCACGUUAGUCUCUGAGGUUACGUUAGUCUCUGAGAUUAGGUUAGUCUCUGAGGUUAGGUUAGUCUCUGAGGUCACGUUAGUCUCUGAGGUUAGGUUAGUCUCGAAGGUUACGUUAGUCUCUGAGGUUCUGUUAGUCUCUGAGGUUAGGUUAGUCUCUGAGGUUACGUUAGUCUCUGAGGUUACGUUAGUCUCUGAGGUUCUGUUAGUCUCUGAGGUUACGUUAGUCUCUGAGGUUCUGUUAGUCUCUGAGGUUAUGUUAGUCUCUGAGGUUCUGUUAGUCUCUGAGGUUCUGUUAGUCUCUGAGGUUAGGUUAGUCUCUGAGGUUACGUUAGUCUCUGAGGUUACGUUAGUCUCUGAGUUAGGUUAGUCUCUGAGGUUAGGUUAGUCUCUGAGGUUACAUUAGUCUCUGAGUUUAGGUUAGUCUCUGAGUUUAGGUCUGCCUCUGAUGGUACUGUAUGCUCCUGGGGAAUAUUAAUGAGAGCAGGAAAACAGAAACCUUGAAUGGAACCACUCUCCUCAGAGCAGGAAGGAAGAAACCUUGAAUGGAACCACUCUCCUCAGAGCAGGAAGGAAGAAUCCUUAAAUGGAACCACUCUCCUCAGAGCAGGAAGGACGAAACCUUGAAUGGAACCCCUCUCCUCAGAGCAGGGGGCCCAUCCUCUGGUUGUAUCGGUUGCGUCAUGAUAAAGUGCCCUAAUCCAUCUUCUUCUAUGUCUGUGAUUCCAGGUGGACACCCACAUCCACGCCUCGUCCUGUAUGAACCAGAAACACCUGCUGAGGUUCAUCAAGAGGGCCAUGAAGAAGUAUCCAGGGGAGAUAGUCCAUGUGGAGAGAGACAAGGGACAGACGCUCAUGGAGGUGUUCGAAACCAUGAACCUCACAGCCUUCGACCUGAGUGUGGACACACUGGACAUGCACGCUGUGAGUGGUGGUGGGUGACAGCAACAUGGUCUCAGGGCAAUUCAUAUUAUUCUGUAUGUCAAUCUGUGACUCUCCAUUUAGUGUGGUAUAUAACGUUACGUUAGGUUACAUUAUGAAUGGAAUAACGGUCAUACAGUGUCUUACAUAUUAUAGGACUUAUAGUAUCAUACCCGGUCGUACAAUUGCAUACAAAUUCGAUGAUGUGACUUUUCAUACAUCUUGGAGGACAUAUAGUAUUAUACAUCUUUCUCUGAGACCAGGUUGCUAGUUGCACUGUGACGACAAAGGAGAAUUACGGGGAAAUGUACGUUGGCGGUUAGGGGAACUAACAACAAAGGUUAGGUUAAUUUACGUAGCAGGUUAGGUGAAUUGGGUUAAGUUUAAAAUAAGGGUUAGGGGAAGGGUUAGUUAAAAAUGCUGCGUAGGGGAAGGGUAGUGAAAAAUGCUGCAGUUGUCCCGGACAUGACUCCAACACGCAACCUUUGGUUGCUAGACUAUCGUGGAUUACGCCAACCGAUCCUCCCCGACCAACCGAUCCUCCCCGACCAACCGAUCCUCCCCGACCAACCGAUCCUCCCCGACCAACCGAUCCUCCCCGACCAACCUCCCUAAUUUUGUUUCUAUCUAAAGUAAUUAGAAUAUUAGUAGGUAUCAUACAUAUAUAUUAUAAACUAGACUAGUAGUAGGUAUCAUACAUAUAUUUUAUAAACUACACCAUUAGUAGGUAUCAUACAUAUAUAUAUAUUUUAUUAACUAGACUAGUAGUAGGUAUCAUUCAUAUACAGUGCAUUUGGAAAGUAUUCAGACCCCUUGACUUUUUCCACAUUUGUUAAGUUACAGCCUUAUUCUAAAAUGGAUUAAAUCGUUUUUUUUCCCUCAUCAAUCAACACACAAUACCCCAUUAAGACAAAGCAAAAACAGGUUUUUAGAAAUGUUUUAAAAAAAACUGAAAUAUGACAUUUACAUAAGUAUUCAGACCCUUUACUCAGUACUUUGUUGAAGCACCUUUGGCAGCGAUUACAGCCUCGAGUCUUCUUGGGUAUGACGCUACAAGCUUGGCACACCUGUAUUUGGGGAGUUUCUCCCAUUCCUCUCUGCAGAUCCUCUCAAGCUCUGUCAGGUUGGAUGGGGAGCGUCGCUGCACAGCUAUUUUCAGGCCUCUCCAGAGAUGUUUGAUCGGGUUCAAGUCCGGGCUCUGGCUGGGCCACUCAAGGACAUUCAGAGACUUGUCCCGAAGCCACUCCUGCGUUGUCUUGGCUGUGUGCUUAGGGUCAUUGUCCUGUUGGAAGGUGAACAUACGCCCCAGUCUGAGGUCCCGAGUGCUCUGGAGAAGGUUUUCAUCAAGGAUCUCUCUGUACUUUGCGCCGUUCAUCUUUCCCUCGAUCCUGACUAGUCUCCCAGUCCCUGCCGCUGAAAAAUAUCCCCACAGCAUGAUGCUGCCACCACAAUGCUUCACCAUAGGGAUGGUGCCAGGUUUCCUCCAGACGUGACGCUUGGCAUUCAGGCCAAAGAGUUCAAUCUUGGUUUCAUCAGACCAGAGAAUCUUGUUUCUCAUGGUCUGAGAGUCCUUUAGGUGCCUUUUGGUAAACUCCAAGCGGGCUGUCAUGUGCCUUUUACUGAGGAGUGGCAUCCGUCUGGCCACUCUACCAUAAAGGCCUGAUUGGUGGAGUGCUGCAGAGAUGGUUGUCAUUCUGGAAGGUUCUCCCAUCUCCACAGAGGAACUCUGGAGCUCUGUCAGGGUGACCAUCAGGUUCUUGGUCACCUCCCUGACCAAGGCCCUUCUCCCCCGAUUGCUCAGUUUGGCCGGGCGGCCAGCUCUAGGAAGAGUCUUGGUGGUUGCAAUUUUCUUCCAUUUAAGAACGAUGGAGGCCACUGUGUUCUUGGGGACCUUCAAUGUUGCAGAAAUGUUUUGGUACCCUUCCCCAGAUCUGUGCCUCGACACAAUCCUGUCUCGGAGCUCUACAGACAAUUCCAUGGCUUGGUUUUUGUGCUGACGUGCACUGUCAACUGUGGGACCUUAUAUAGACAGAUGUGUGCCUUUACAAAUCAUGUCCAAUCAAUUGAAUUGACCACAGGUGGACUCCAAUCAAGUUGUAGAAACAUCUCAAUGAUGAUCAAUGAAAACAGGAUGCACUUGAGCUCAAUUUCGAGUCUCAUAGCAAAGGGUCUGAAUACUUAUGUAUAUAAGAUAUUUCUGUUUUAAAUUUUUUAUAAAUUAGCAAACAUUUAUAAAAACCUGUUUUCGCUUUGUCAUUAUGCGGUAUUGUGUGUAGAUUGAUGAGGAAAACAUUUAAUUUAAUCCAUUUGAGAAUUAGGCUGUAACGUAACAAAAUAUGGAAAAAGUCAAGGGGUCUGAAUACUUUCUGAAUGCACUGUAUAUAUUAUAAACUACACCAUUAGUAGGUAUCAUGCAUCCCGGAGGUGCUCAGACAUACUUAAAGUAUGGCUGGGGAGGGAGCGCGAAUGGACAAGGAGGAGACAGAGGUCUUAAGUAGCUACAUCUCUUCCAUCCUUGCUGUUUGUACAAUAUUUAGUUUUCAGUUACUAUAUUAAAAGGGCAAUCAGCAGUUGCUACAUCCAUUCUUGGGCUUAUAAAUGAAUGAUGUGAACCUAUUGAUUCUUGAAAUAUUAUUUACAAAUGCCUCGUGAGCUUAGUUCAACUGUCAUCCUCCAUCAGAACCCAAAACAGAAGCUUGUUUUAGUCUAAUGUUUGUAAACAAAGUAAAGUCCCGUGUAGCUCAGUUGGUAGAGCAUGGCGUUUGCAACGCCAGGGUUGUGGGUUCGAUUCCCAUGGGGGGCCAGUAUGGAGAAGAAAAAAAAUUUAUGCACUCACUAACUGUAAGUCGCUCUGGAUAAGAGUGUCCGCUAAAUGAAUAAAAUGUAAAACAAACAUGGUUAAAACCUUAAUUUUGAUAUCAUGGAUGAUCAGUCCUUGUAUUCAUAACUCUGUCUAUGAAUUUGAGAGUGGUUCAUUUUGAGAAAAUAAUGGAUGAACAGUCGUUCUACUUCUGAGAGCUUUUUCACUGAACUAGCUGAUCAUUACUGCACUUUGAAGACAAGACGACUAGCUGACUUGACAUCUUGACAUUGAUCGAGUCUCACCGUCUCCUUUCUCCUCACAGGACCGCAACACUUUCCAUCGCUUUGACAAGUUCAACGCCAAAUACAACCCCAUCGGGGAGUCCAUCCUGAGAGAGAUCUUCAUCAAAACAGACAACCAUGUAGAGGGGAAAUACUUUGGACACAUCAUCAAGGUGCCUUCUGAAUGAGUGCAUCGUCAAUAAUAGUAAAGACCCUACUCUUCAGCUAGGACUCGUUCUGAAAGGGCGCUCUGACAGAGAUGACAGAGAGCUAUGUAGAGAUAAUUUGGACACCCUGCUGCUGCCUCUGAAACAGUACCUUCAUCCAAUCAGGACAAGUAUUUAGAUUCUAAAUCCUUGUUCCAGCAGUUGUCUAUACAGCUGAGUGUUGUACUGUAUUCUAGUAAAAGUCGUGUAGUGCUUGGCGCCCCCUGCUGACGGGUGUGUGUCUCUGCUCCUCAGGAGGUGAUGGCUGAUCUGGAGGAGAGUAAAUACCAGAACGUGGAGCUGCGUCUGUCCAUCUACGGCCGCUGCAGGGACGAGUGGGACAAGCUGGCCCAGUGGGCCGUCAAACACCAAGUCUACUCUAACAACGUACGCUGGCUGGUGCAGGUCCCACGACUCUUGUGAGUACAACUAACCUCUAUUCUAGGAGGACUCUGUCUUGUGAGUACAACUAACCUCUAUUAGUGAGUGCAAGGAGGACUCUGUCUUGUGAGUACAACUAACCUCUAUUCAAGGAGGACUCUGUCUUGUGAGUACAACUAACCUCUAUUCAAGGAGGACUCUGUCUUGUGAGUACAACUAACCUCUAUUCUAGGAGGACUCUGUCUUGUUUGGUUUUGCCCUACUUCCCUUGACGGAUUCAAAGCCCUUUCACAUAGCCAUGGUCAUGUCAGAUAAAAGUGACCAGGGUCAGUAUUCAAAAAGUAUCUCAGAGUAGGAGUGCUGAUCUAGGAUCCGGUCCCCCCCCCCCUAGGAUCCGGUCGUCCCCCCCCCCCCCCCCCCCCCCCUAGGAUCCGGUCGUCGUCCCCCCCCCCCCCCCCCCCGUCCAUACAACCUUAUUCAUUAUGAUCUCAAAAGGUCAAACUGAUCCUACAUCAGCAUCUCACUUUGUGAGACUUUUGUCUCUCUCUCUCCACAGUGAUGUGUACCACACCAAGAAGCAGCUGGGUAACUUCCAGGAGCUGCUGGAGAACAUCUUCAUGCCUCUGUUUGAGGUCACCGUCGACCCCGCCAGACACCGUGAGCUGCACCUCUUCCUACAACAUGUAAGUAAACAACAAGGUUUAGUGGUUCAGAUAUUUAACGAUGUAGUGCAUGGAUACAUUUUUCAACCCCCAGCGGAAAUCAAUCCCACAAUCCUAAUGUUGCAAGCUCUACCGACUGAGCCACAAAGAACCACGAUGAUGGCCAUGACGACGAUGAUGACGAUGGUGUGUGGAUGUCUGCGUGUGUGUCUGUAUGUGUGUGUGUGUGUGUGUGUGUGUUCAGGUGGUGGGCUUCGACAGUGUGGACGAUGAGUCUAAACCGGAGCAUCACUGCUUCAACAUGGAGAGUCCUCUGCCAGUCGACUGGACAGAAGAAGACAACCCUCCUUACGCAUACUACCUGUACUAUAUGUAUGCUAACAUGACCGUGCUCAACCACCUGCGCAGGUAUGGGACCACAUGACACUACACCAUUUACACUGAUUCUAGCAUUACGAUGACAUGUUAUCUCAUCACUUGGCUAUGUGUGGGAACAGUAGCCAGAUCAGGGCUCUGCUGGAGAGCAACCGUCCUGUAGGUUUUCAGUCCAACCCUAAUCUAGCCGCGCACCUGUUUUCUAAUAAUUCGCUGGUUGAUAAGCUGAAUCCGGUUAGUUAUAACCAGUGAUGUACACAAACCCUAGAUUGCUGUUGCUAUGUACUGGCCAGUGAGAAGUUUAGAAGCCACCGGUCGGCCAUAUUGGCACCCCCCCCCAGAAGGAGCAGUCCUCCAUAGGAAUGAAUGGAAUUCUACAGUAUUUCAAUUAAAUGUUUCAAGGUAAAAUUACAUGUAUUUAAACGCCCACACCAGUAGAAAUCCACUUUUUCGAGCUGAAAGACGAUGACCAGAGGUUACCCAUGGUGUUGCAUAAUGAUAUACAGGGCCUUCAGAAAGUAUUCAUAACCCUUGACUUAUUCCACAUGUUGCUGUGUUACAACCUGAAUUCAAAAUUGAUUAAAUAGAGUGUAUAACUCUUUCUAUGGCGGAUUCGCAGCCACAAUUUAUGGAAGAUGCCAAAACAGCUUGUCGUGGAAAUUCACCUCUAAGGACUCAAACUCAAUGUAAAUGAAUCCAUCUUUGUUAUCACGGCCGGAGAGGUUCACAAACAAUACAAGCUUGAUGAAAACUCUGAAAAGGGCGUUCCCUUUCAGUCCUUAUAUACUGCGACACAAACAAGUCAUGUAAGCAUGAUUUACAUCAUUCAUUAUUCAUUAUUAACGUUGGUUCCAGCACGUGACUGAAUGCUGCUUCUCUCAAAGCUGGGACCUUGAAACUGAGAUACUCCUUAUGGUUCCCAGAGCAAUGUUCUGGGCGUACUGCCAAUUGGUCUGAGGAGGAGGUCACAGUCACCUGCACGAACCAAGAUAGAGUGAGAGGAGAUGCUGUGUACAAUUCAAGGCUAUCUUUUUCCCUCACAAACUGUUUAUGAUUAAUAAACAAGGCCAUGCUGGUGGGUGGUAACCUUCAAAUAAAACCCAGCCCAAUAACGAAACGUAGGCUGAAAAAAGUUAGUAUGUCAUAUCAUAGGAAAACACACCGCAUUCACAAGGAUUUGCACGAAGUGGGCAGUUUGGAUUUGUCACUUCUACUAAGGGGUUCUACUAAGCUAACAUAUGGAGUUGUUUUAAGAUGGUCAUGCCGUGGAUCAUUUAGCUAUUUGAUUUAGAAUUUCAGGACCCCUGUAGGUAUAAAACAAAAAAUGUAUUAUUUGAUGAAACAUUGAAUAUGGCCUUGCUGCUAUUAGCCCAUAGAAACAAACGCAUUGAAUAACACAGUCAUACAUGGAAACACAGAUAGUCAAAAAAUUAAUCAAAAGAAAGUAUGUUUUGAAGUGUCUGUCCUAUAUCUGAGAGAUUUAAGAAAGAUCAGGAAUUAUUAUUAUUAUUAUUAUUAUUAUUAUUAUUAUUAUUAUACAGUGGAAUGACACGUAUACCUUUGACGUGGAAUGACACGUAUACCUUUGACGUGGAAAUGCCCUAUUCACUUCCAUAAAUUUUUCACACCGGUUUCGGGUUACCUUCAGACGAGUCUUGUGAGGCGUCGUGAGAGCAAAACACAUUGUUCGUGAGAGUCUCAGCUUUCGAUAUUGGUUUGUAGCCCAAACUGUGAGGAGACUGAUUGUCUCCUGGCAGAUGCAGAAGGGCGACCGGCGGAUGCGGUGGAUUGAGGCGCAGCCCAUGUAAAAAAAAAACGGUUAUCUCUAGCUUAAAUAGACGGAUUUCGGUGGGGAAUUUAAAAAACUAUUCUAAUUCGAUUUCCGUUUGGCCACGGACAUCGACUUUAGGGGGAUUUAUACAGACCCUAUCUCUUUCUCUGUCUGUGUUGUUGUGUUACAGUAUAUAUAUAUGGUUGAAUCUCAUCCCCACCGUACCUCUAUGACUGUGUGUACAACCAAUCAAUCUUUCGAUCGAUCAAUCAAUGAUAUCUCUCUGUGUGUUCUAGGCAGAGAGGUUUCAACACCCUGGUGUUGCGUCCUCACUGUGGGGAGGCGGGGCCUAUCCAUCACCUGGUGUCAGGUUUCAUGCUGUCAGAAAACAUCUCCCACGGACUGCUGCUCAGGAAGGUACUGAACCCCCUAACUCCUAGCCCCUAACUCUUACCCCGUAACUCCUACCCCCUAGGUUUCAUCGUGUCAGAGAACAUCUCCCAUGGACUGCUGCUCAGGAAGGUAGGCACUGGUUGGACAGCCCUCUCACAGUCACACCAGCAGCUGGUCACACUGGUCUUCACACUCACUCAUACCAGUCUCUCCGUCACACACUAAUAUAGAGAACAUGGACUGCUGCUGAGGAAGGUACUGUACGCUUGUCUUCAACCCCAAUUCCCCUACCACCUACUCUCUAAACAAUAGACACUGGAACAACUCACAUGGACUGCUGCUGAGGAAGGUACAGUAUGGUUCUCUCUCUCUCUCUCUGUCGCUCGCUCACUCACGCACUCACUCAAGCACUUACUCUGGAUAAGCACAACUGAACAUCUCCCAUGAAUUCCUGCUUAGAAAGGUACUGACUAUUUCACACAACGAGGACAAGGCCUCAGUCAUCUACUCUAGUCCAGGGGUAUUCAACUCUUACCCUACGAGGUCCGGAGCUUGCUGGUUUUCUGUUCUACCUGAUAAUUAAUUGCACCCGCCUGGUGUCCCAGGUCUAAAUGAGUCCCUAAUUUGAACAAUGAAAAAAUGCAGUGGAACUGGCUUCGUGGGCCAGAGUUGAGUUUGAGGGCCCUACUAUGACCUUGUGAACCAUCUGAGCCCAAUUGUUGUUUUUUGUGUGUUUUCAGUCACAAGGGACCACGGACCACAACAGAACAUAUAACACAAAAUCAUCUCCUCCCGUCUCUUCUCUCCUCCAGGCCCCCGUCCUGCAGUACCUCUACUACCUGGCUCAGAUCGGCAUCGCCAUGUCUCCUCUCAGCAACAACAGUUUGUUCCUCAGCUACCACCGGAACCCCCUGCCUGAGUAUCUGUCCAGGGGACUCAUGGUCUCGUUGUCCACUGACGACCCUCUGCAGUUCCACUUCACUAAGGUUGUUAAUGUGACUCAACUGUAAUAUCGUUGACAGAGUGCUUCCACACAACACUAUGCCUGUGUCAUGAAUGGCAAAUUGGUCAAAAGUAGUGAAUUGUACUGUACAGGAAAGUUAGUGCACUAUAUAUACGAUGCCAUUUGAAUGGAUAAAAGCUUUGCUGUGCCAGUGUCUGUAGGCUUUAUAUGAAGAGUUGUUUUCCAAAACGCUAUACAGUGGGGAGAACAAGUAUUUGAUACACUGCCGAUUUUGCAGGUUUUCCUACUUACAAAGCAUGUAGAGGUCUGUAAUUUUUUAUCAUAGGUACACUUCAACUGUGAGAGACGGAAUCUAAAACAAGAAUCCAGAAAAUCACAUUGUAUGAUUUUUAAGUAAUUAAUUUGCAUUUUAUUGCAUGACAUAAGUAUUUGAUACAUCAGAAAAGCAGAACUUAAUAUUUGGCACAGAAACCUUUGUUUGCAAUUACAGAGAUCAUACGUUUCCUGUAGGUCUUGACCAGGUUUGCACACACUGCAGCAGGGAUUUUGGCCCACUCCUCCAUACAGACCUUCUCCAGAUCCUUCAGGUUUCGGGGCUGUCGCUGGGCAAUACGGACUUUCAGCUCCCUCCAAAGAUAUUCUAUUGGGUUCAGGUCUGGAGACUGGCUAUGCCCUCCAGGACCUUGAGAUGCUUCUUACGGAGCCACUCCUUAGUUGCCCUGGCUGUGUGUUUCGGGUCGUUGUCAUGCUGGAAGACCCAGCCACGACCCAUCUUCAAUGCUCUUACUGAGGGAAGGAGGUUGUUGGCCAAGAUCUCGCGAUACAUGGCCCCAUCCAUCCUCCCCUCAAUACGGUGCAGUCGUCCUGUCCCCUUUGCAGAAAAGCAUCCCCAAAUAAUGAUGUUUCCACCUCCAUGCUUCACGGUUGGGAUGGUGUUCUUGGGGUUGUACUCAUCCUUCUUCUUCCUCCAAACAUGGCGAGUGGAGUUUAGACCAAAAAGCUAUAUUUUUGUCUCAUCAGACCACAUGACCUUCUCCCAUUCCUCCUCUGGAUCAUCCAGAUGGUCAUUGGCAAACUUCAGACGAGCCUGGACAUGCGCUUGCUUGAGCAGGGGGACCUUGCGUGUGCUGCAGGAUUUUAAUCCAUGACGGCGUAGUGUGUUACUAAUGGUUUUCUUUGAGACUGUGGUCCCAGCUCUCUGCAGGUCAUUGACCAGGUCCUGCCGUGUAGUUCUGGGCUGAUCCCUCACCUUCCUCGUGAUCAUUGAUGCCCCACGAGGUGAGAUCUUGCAUGGAGCCCCAGACCGAGGGUGAUUGACCGUCAUCUUGAACUUCUUCCAUUUUCUAAUAAUUGCGCCAACAGUUGUUGCCUUCUCACCAAGCUGCUUGCCUAUUGUCCUGUAGCCCAUCCCAGCCUUGUGCAGGUCUACAAUUUUAUCCCUGAUGUCCUUACACAGCUCUCUGGUCUUGGCCAUUGUGGAGAGGUUGGAGUCUGUUUGAUUGAGUGUGUGGACAGGUGUCUUUUAUACAGGUAACGAGUUCAAACAGGUGCAGUUAAUACAGGUAAUGAGUGGAGAACAGGAGGGCUUCUUAAAGAAAAACUAACAGGUCUGUGAGAGCCGGAAUUCUUACUGGUUGGUAGGUGAUCAAAUACUUAUGUCAUGCAAUAAAAUGCAAAUUAAUUACUUAAAAAUCAUACAAUAUGAUUUUCUGGAUUUUUGUUUUAGAUUCCGUCUCUCACGGUUGAAGUGUACCUAUGAUAAAACAUUACAGACCUCUACAUGCUUUGUAAGUAGGAAAACCUGCAAAAUCAGCAGUGUAUCAAAUACUUGUUCUCCCCACUGUAUAUACAAAUAUUUCACAUUUGUGUUUUUAUCAUCAGAAAUGAAUGGGUACCUUCACAUGUUUGUCAAAUAUUACUGUUCUCUGAUUUGUAAUUCAUAGAUUUUAGAUGGGUAUUAAAAUGUGCUUUUUUUUUGCAAAACGCUAGCCAUAUCCAUUGUUUAGCUAGAAUGGAAUCUUUGCAAAAAAAAACAUGAUUACUGUAUUUGUCUCUCUCAAAUGAAACCAUCAAGUGAUAGAUUUUAAACAAAUACAUGUAUGUCAUUGAACAACCCCAUGCCAUCAUUAGAUAGUGAAAAAAACACAUCAAUCUCUUUCAUUAAAAUAUAUAUAUAUAUAUAUAUAUAUAUAUAUAUAUAUAUAUAUAUAUAUAUAUAUAUAUUUAAACAAUAAAUGCUAAUUUACCAACAUUUCUGAAAAUGUGUAUAUAUAGCGUUUUGGAAUAAAACUCUUCAUAUGCUCUACACACAAAAUACAGUCAGUUGGUAGAUAGUGUAGAUGACCGUAAUGACUACUUAACACAACACAAUGAAUGGAUAAAAACCCUUGCUGUGCCCCACAAAAUUCAAAAUCGUAGAUGUAUAGAUACAGUGGGUAUAGAAAGUCACCACCCACCUCUCAAAGUGUUCACCUUUUGUUGCCUUACAGCCUGAAAUGAAAACACAUAAAAUCAGACUUUAUUUACACACAGUAACCCACAAUAACCCACAAUAUCCAAGUGAAAAUAAAUAAUCAAAAAAAAACUCUGAAAAUUAAUUAAAAUUAAAACAGUGCCAUACGCCUUCCACUUCUUAAUAAUGGUCUUAACUGUGCUCCGAGGGAUAGACAAAGCCUUUUAAAUAUGUUUAUAUCCAUCCCCUGACUUGUGCCUUUCCACAACUUUAUCUCGUAGUGCUUUUGAAAGUACCUUUCAGCCCAUGGUGGAUUAUUUGCUUUGGAAUUGCACUACUAAGCAGUGGAGUCCUCUAUGAACAACAGCUUUUAUUCUGAACUAAUCAAAGUCACUACAAUUGAUCACAGAUGGAAUUAGCUUGAGUUUUGAUCUGGAAAAUGGUUGGUUAUACCUCAGCAAGUUUGCAAUUGCAAUUCUAAGGGGGGGGUUUUCACUUACCCAAAUAGGGUAUUUUACUGUUUUGAUUGAAAUUAAUUUUCAGAGGUUUAAAAAAAAAAAUAAUGACACUUGGAUAUUGUGGGUUACUGUGUGUAAAUAAAGCCGGAUUUUAUGUGUUUUCAUUUCAGGCGGUAAGGCAACAAAGCGUGAACAUUUUGAAAGGGGUUGGUGGCUUUCUAUACACACUGUAUACUGUAAGUUGUUCUGAAGAAUAGGGUUGUGUUCUGUUACUUACUAUAACUAUGAGUAUGUGGAGGAUAUUGCAGAUAGGGGUAACAUACUAUAACAGUAUCGUGGAAGUAUCGCAGGCGAUCCGUGUCAACAUUUAAAAAGUGUUUACUGUGAAUGCAUUUUCCGCGAAUGCGGGAACAUUGCCUUUAAUUUUCAAUCGAGCUAAAAUAGGGAUCUUCCGCGAUACGGACUGAAUCCAGCCCUAAGUCUGUAAAUGAUUGUCUUGUAUCGAUACUGUCCCUUUCCAGGAGCCCCUGAUGGAGGAGUACAGCAUCGCUGCUCAGGUGUGGAAGCUCAGCUCCUGUGAUAUGUGUGAGCUGGCCAGGAACAGUGUUCUGAUGAGCGGCUUCUCCCAUAAGGUAACCUUACCACUGCUGUUUAGAGCAAUAUCUUCUCUCUACAUUACUACAUAACCUACAUUGUUAUGGAUGUAUCAAAAUACAUGUCACUAGAAAACAGCUUAAACAAAUGCAAAUGCAGCUACUUUGUUGUUAUUCUGGCUGCACUGUUUGACGUGACUGUAAGUUAGCCGUAGUUGGCUAGCUAGCAAGCAAGCGAUAAGAACGUUGCCAGCCAGUAUGGCAAUAGAACAUUUAGAACGAACGACUGGGUCAUAGAUUCAGAACAAAAAUACUUAACAACUGGGUCGCGUUUCUGGCAACCGAACGACAAGCCGGCUUGGGUAGCAACCCUAGAUUUGUGUCAGGACUAUAUCUCGUGGAAGGAUGAAAUAGUAUGAAUAAAUUCAUCAAUAUAACAUUUUUAAACACCUGCUUCUCGUGCAUUAUCACUUAAUUAUCUAUUAAUGACAUGAUCUACAUCAGUGGUUCUCAAACUGUGGGGCGCGCACCACAUAGGGGUCGGCGGUAGGGGGCGCGGGGUCGGGGAUCAGAAAACCAGCCAGUAUCUGGUGUGACCACCAUUUUCCUCAUGCAGCGCAACACAUCUCCUUCGCAUAGAGUUGAUCAGACUGUUGAUUGUGGCCUGUGUAAUGUUGUCCCACUCCUCUUCAAUGGCUGUGCGAAGUUGCUGGAUAUUGGCAUUGGCGGGAACUGGAACGCGCUGUCGUACACGUCGUACCCGAGCAUCCCAAAUGUGCUCAAUGGGUGACAUGCAGGCCAUGGAACAACUGGGACAUUUUCAGCUUUCAGGAAUUGUGUACAGAUCCUUGUGACAUUAUCAUGCUGAAACAUGAGGUGAUGGCGGCGGAUGAAUGUCAUGACAAUGGACCUCAGGAUCUUGUCACAGUAUUUCUGUGCAUUCAAAUUGCCAUUGAUAAAAUGUGAUUGUGUUCUUUGUCCGUAGCUUAUGCCUGCCCAUACCAUAACCCUAUCGCCACCAUGGGGCGCUGUUCACAACGUUGACAUCAGAAAACACGACAUACACAUUGUCUGCGGUUGUGAGGCCUGUUGGACGUACUGCCAAAUUCUCUAAAACGACGUUGGUGGCGGCUUAUGGUAGAGAAAUGAUCAUUAAAUUCUCUGGCAACAGCUCUGGUGGACAUUCCUGCAGUCAGAAUGCCAAUUGGAUACUCCCUCAAAACUUGAGACAUCUGUGGCAUUUUGUUGUGGGAAAAAACUGCACAUUUUAGAGUGCCCUUUUAUUGUCCCCAGCACAAGGUGCAUCUGUGUAAUGAUCAUGCUGUUUAAUCAGCUUCUUGAUAUGCCACACCUGUCAGGUGGAUGGAUUAUCUUGGCAAAGGAGAAAUGCUCACUAACAGGGAUGUAAACAAAUUUGUGCACAAAUAGUUUGAGAAAUAAGCUUUUUGUGCAUAUGGAACAUUUCUGGGGUCUUUUAUUUCAGCUCAUGAAACAUGGGACUAACAUUUUACAUGUUGCGUUUAUGUUUUUAUUCAGCAUAUAUAUACAGUACCAGUCAAAAGUUUGGACACACCUACUCGUUCAAGGGUUUUUCUUUACUUUUCUAUUUUCUAAAUUGUAGAAUAAUAGUGAAGACAUCAAAACUAUGAAAUAUCACGUAUGGAAUCAUGUAGUAAUCAAAAAAGUGUUAAACAAAUCAAAAUAUAUUUUAGAUUUUAGAUUCUUCAAAGUAGCCACCCUUUGCCUUGAUGACAGCUUUGCACACUCUCAGCAUUCUCUCAGCCAGCUUCAUGAGGAAUGCUUUUCCUACAGUCUUGAAGGAGUUCCCACAUAUGCUGAGCACUUGUUGGCUGCUUUUCCUUCACUCUGCGGUCCAACUCAUCCCAAACAAUCUCAAUUAGGUUGAGGCCGGGUGAUUGUGGAGGCCAGGUCAUCUGAUGCAGCACUCCAUCACUCUCCUUCUUGGUGAAAUAGCUCUUACACAGCCUUGGGUCAUUGUCCUGUUGAAAAACAAAUGAUAGUCCCACUAAGCGCAAACCAGAUGGGAUGGCGUAUCGCUGCAGAAUGCUGUGGUAGCCAUGCUGGUUAAGUGUGCCUUGAAUUCUAAAUAAAUCACUGACAGUGUCACCAGCAAAGCACCCCCACACCAUCACACCUCCUCCUCCAUGCUUCACGGUGGGAACCACACAUGUGGAGAUCAUCUGUUCACCUACUCUGCGUCUCACAAAGACACGGCGGUUGGAACCAAAAAUCUCAAAUUUGGACUCAUCAGACCAAAGGUCCGAUUUCCACCGGUCUAAUGUCCAUUGCUUGUGUUUCUUGGCCCAAGCAAGUCUCUUCUUAUUAUUGGUGUCCUUUAGAAGUGGUUUCUUUGCAGCAAUUCGGCCAUGAAGGCCUGAUUCACGCAUUCUCCUCUGAACAGUUGAUGUUGAGAUGUGUCUGUUACUUGAACUCUGCGAAGCAUUUAUUUGGGCUGCAAUUUCUGAGGCUGGUAACUCUAAUGAACUUAUCCUCUGCAGCAGAGGUAACUCUGGGUCUUCCUUUCCUGUGGCAGUCCUCAUGAGAGCCAGUUUCAUCAUAGCACUUAAUGGUUUUUGCGACUGCACUUUAAGAAACUUUCAAAGUUCUUGAAAUGUUCCGAUUGACUGACCUUCUUGCUUAUUUGAGCUGUUCUUGCCAUAAUAUGGACUUGGUCUUUUAACAAAUAGGGCUAUCUUCUGUAUACCACCCCUACCUUGUCACAACACAACUGAUUGGCUCAAACAUAUUAAAAAGGAAAGAAAUCACACAAAUUAACUUUUAAUAAGCCACACCUGUUAAUUGAAAUGCAUUCCAGGUGACUAUCUCAUGAAGCUGGUUGAGAGAAUGCUAAGAGUGUGCAAAGCUGUGUUGAUAGGGGACAGAAUGCGGUCGGACCAUCAUAUAAUAGGCAUAUACAUUACUCUUACUGAAUUUCCACGUGGGCGAGGAUAUUGGAAAUUUAAUCAAAGCCUAUUGGAUGAUAAUUUAUUUAUAAUUAAUUUAUAACUGACUUUUUCCAACAUAACAUAGGUACAGCGAAUCCCCUUAUUGUAUGGGACACCUUUAAAUGUGCCUUUAGAGGUCAUGCAAUUCAGUACUCAUCUCGAAAACAAAAGCAAUUUAGGUCAAAAGAGUUUAUACUAAGAAAGGAAAUAGAAAGUCUAACAGAACAGAUAGAUGGCAAUAAAAACUGUAACAUAGAGGCUCAGAAUAAAUUAGAGGAAAAACAAAAAGAAAUGGAGAAACUUAUUCAAGAAAGAUCAAGUGUAAUAUAUUAUAAAAAUAAAGCAAACUGGAUGGAAUAUGGGGAAAAAUGCACAAAAUUCUUUUUUAAUCUUCAACAUAGGAAUGCUACCAAAAAUAACUUAAUGAAACUGGUUACAAUUGACGGAGUCACCCAUAAUUCACCAAAUGAUAUUUUGAAGGAAGAAACAAAGUACUUUAAGCAUAUGUUUUCUUUUCAGUCGCCUCCAUCUCCUCUAACUGAAGCUAAUUGUAGAGAUUUUUUUCUAUUGAUAAUGUCAAAUUAACAGCCACACAGAAAGACUCAUGUGAAGGUGAAAUUACAGAGGAGGAACUUCUGGAUGCAAUUAAAGACUUUAAGUCUGGGAAAACUCCAGGGUUGGAUGGCAUACCAGUCGAGGUAUACCAAACCUUUUUUGAUAUACUAAGAGGACCGUUAUUAGCAUGUUUUAACCACUCCUAUGUAAAUGGUAGAUUAUCUGACACUCAAGAAGAAGGUCUGAUCUCAUUAUUACUGAAACAGGAUACAAGUGGAAAAUAUAAAGAUCCAGUCCAUUUACAAAAUUGGAGGCCCCUUACACAAAAUGUAUAGCGCAUAGAAUUAAAAAGGUAUUGUCGGAUAUUAUUCAUUCUAAUCAGACAGGUUUUUUACAUGGAAGAGACAUUAGAGAUAAUAUAAGGCAAGUAUUGGAAACAAUAGAACACUAUGGAAAAUAUGGGAAACCAGGCCUGCUAUUCAUAGCAGACUUCGAAAAGGCAUUUGAUAAAGUUCGGCUGGGGUUUAUAUAUAAAUGCCUGGAGCAUUUCAAUUUUGGAGAAUCUCUUAUAAAAUGGGUCAAAAUCAUGUAUAGUAACCCUGGGUGUAAAAUAGUAAAUAAUGGCUAUUUCUCAGAAAGUUUUUAACUGUCAAGAGGAGUGAAACAAGGUUGUCCACUAUCGGCAUAUCUAUUUAUUGUGGCCAUCGAGAUGGUAGCUAUUAAAAUCAGAUCCAAUAAUAAUAUCAGAGAAUUAGAAAUCCAGGGCUUAAAAACAAAGGUGUCAUUGUACGCUGAUGAUUCAUGUUUUCUUUUAAAUCCACAACUAGAAUCCCUCCACAGCCUCAUAGAGGAUCUAGAUACAUUUUCUAACCUCUCUGGAUUACAACCAAAUUAUGACAAAUGUACUAUAUUAGUAUUGGAUCACUAAAAAAUAAAAAUAUCCCAAAGGAAAUAAAUGAUCUCACUUCAAUACAUUUUAAUAGAAAGUUAGCAAAAAUAGAUAAGAUCUUACUACCAUGGAAAGGAAAAUACCUGUCAAUUUGUGGAAAAACCACCCUGAUUAACUCUUUAGUAUUAUCCCAGUUUACCUAUUUGCUUAUGGUCUUGCCUACGCCUAGCGAACAGUUUUUUUAAAAUUAUAUGAGAAAAAAAUAUUCAAUUUUAUUUGGAACGGCAAGCCAGACAAAAUUAAAAGGGCAUAUUUAUAUAAUGAAUAUGAAUUCGGAGGACAGAAAUUAUUAAAUAUUAAAGCAUUAGACCUAUCACUAAAAGCUUCAGUCAUACAAAAGUUAUACUUAAAUCCGAACUGGUUCUCAAGCAAAUUAGUAAGAUUGUCUCACCCAAUGUUCAAGAAAGGCCUUUUUCCCUUUAUUCAGAUUACAACAACUCAUUUGCAGUUAUUUGAAAAGGAAAUCAUCUCCCAAAUAUCACCAUUUCUAAAACAAGCCAUAAAGAAAGUUGGUUGCAAUUUCAAUUUAAUCCUCCAGAAACGACAGAACAAAUAAUGCAACAAAUAUUGUGGUUAAAUUCAAAUAUACUAAUUGACAAAAAACCUUUAUUUUUUGACAGAAUGUUUAAAAAAGGUAUAAUCUUCGUAAAUGAUAUCAUUGGUAGGACUGGUGGAGUUAUGUCGCACAUGCAGCUUACAAAAACAUAUGGAAAUGUCUGCUCUACCCAAAAUUACAACCAAAUAAUUGCAGCCUUACCGCAAAAGUGGAAGAGAAAAGUGGAAGGAGGAGAAAGUAAGGAACUUGUCUGUCGGCCUUGCAUUAAAGAACAUAAUUGGUUAAGGAAAACUCUGAUAACUAAGAAAGUAUAUCAGUUUCACUUAAGGACCAAAGGAUUGACAGCCGUCUUAUAUAGAUUGCAAAAUAGUUGGGAAGAGAUUUUUGACGUACCGAUCCCAUGGCAUAGUGUUUAUGAACUGACACGCAAAACGACACCGGAUUCAAAAAUUAGAAUCUUUCAAUUUAAAUUAUUAUAUACAAUUCUUGCUACCAAUAUAAUGUUAUUUAUAUGGGGGAUACAAUCUUCCCAGCUCUGCAGAUUUAGCUGUGAAGAGACAGAAUCAUUAGAUCAUUUGUUUUGGUUCUGUCCAUUUGUAGCUUGUUUUUGGACACAGGUCCAGGAAUGGCUAAAGGAUUGCAAUAUUUACCUGGAGCUAACCCUGCAGAUAGCAUUACUGGGUGAUCUGAAAAGUCAUAGUCAAUCGAUCAAUAAUAUAAUAAUACUUUUAGUAAAAAUGUUUAUUUUUAAUUCACAAUCUGUAGAAGCAAUGAGAAUAGAAAGGUUCAGAACUUUUGUAAAACAUCACAGUACGGUUGAAAUAUAUAUGGCAAAUAGAAAUCCUAUAUGGAUGGUGUUAAGAGAUAGAUGGGAGGUAUUGAAUAGAGUUGAAGGAUGGGACUAAUAACAAAUAACAACAAAUAAUAACAAAGAUAGCUAAUAAUGUAAGCAUACUGUGUCCAUAAUAAGUAUAUAGGUUGUAUGUUGGGAGCUUUUGGGAAAGAGCACAGUUAGAAAGAUAUGGCAUAUAGAAGCAAACCGGAUGGACAUCAUGAAAAUGAUCGGAGAGGUUGAGAGUAGAAGAAGUUCAGGAGCAAAAAAAAAUAUAUAUAUAUAUAAUAGAAUUAUUGUAAAAUGAACUGUGUCCAUAAGAUGUAGAUAGUAAGUAUAGACCGGAAGUAGAGGCCUGGGCAUUGUUGUUCACUAAUUUACUCCAAGUAGGGAAAGGAUGGCGGGGUUGAAAAGUAAUAAAGGGGAGUAUAUAUAUAAAAAACAUGGGGGAUUGGAAGUGAUGCAGACAAUUACAUUGAUAGAAGAUACAAUCUAUCUGCAAUAUUAAGCUGAUCCCCCCCCCCCCCCCACCCCCCCCCCCAAAAAAAAAUGAGUGUGCAAAACUGUCAUCAUCAAGGCAAAUGGUGGCUACUUUGAAGAAUCUCAAAUCUAAAAUAUAUUUUGAUUUGUUUAACACUUUUUUGGUUACUACAUGAUUCCAUACGUGAUAUUUCAUAGUUUUGAUGUCUUCACUAUUAUUCUACAAUGUAGAAAAUAGUAAAAGUAAAGAAAAACUCUGGAAUGAGUAGGGGGGCGCAGGAUGUUCCUCAAUGCUGGAAGGGGGGGUCUGAGUGAAAAAGUUUGAACCUCUGAUCUACAUGACUAAAUUGACUCUUUAUCUACCUAGGCCUGUUCCUAAGUAUUUCUACUCCUCAUUUACAUUUUAGUCAUUUAGCAGAUGCUCUUAUCCAGAGCGACUUACAGGAGCAAUUAGGGUUAAGUGCCUUGCUCAAGGGCACAUCGACAGAUUUGUCGGCUCGGGGAUUAGAACCAGCGACCUUUCGGUUACUGGCACAACGCUCUUAACCACUAAGCUACCUGCCGCCCUAUUUCCAUCCAUUUCCCAUGUUAAUUACCCUUCCCUUUCUCUCUCCAGGUGAAGAGUUACUGGCUGGGCCCUCACUACAUCAAGGAGGGGCAGGAGGGAAACGACAUCCGACGCACCAACGUCCCUGACAUCCGUGUGGAGUACCGCUAUGAGACCAUGUGUGAAGAGCUUAACCUCAUCACCCAGGCCAUCCACACAGAGGAGCUGGAGGCCAUCCACACAGAGGAGCUGGAGACCAUCCACACAGAGGAGCUGGAGACCAUCCACACAGAGGAGCUGGAGGCCAUCCACACAGAGGAGAUCCACACAGAGGAGCUGGAGGCCAUCCACACAGAGGAGCUGGAGGCCAUCUACACAGAGGAGAUACACACAGAGGAGCUGGAGGCCAUCCACACAGAGGAGAUCCACACAGAGGAGGUGUAG